CCUGGGCCGCCGCCGGAAGGAGCGGUACGCUUCUUGGCUCCUCCGGAUUCAGCCCUAGAGUCACGAGCUGCAAUGGAGAAUUCUGAGCCUGACCCUACGGAUGACGCUAACAUGGACGCAUUCCUAGAAAAGUUCCAGAGCCAACCUUACCGCGGCGGCUUCCACGAGGACCAGUGGGAGGAGGAAUUUGACAAGAUCCCCCUAUUUAUGAAGAAAGCACCAUCAGAAAUAGAUCCCAAGGAGUUCCCCGACUUGGCUUGCCUUCAGUCAAUUAUUUAUGACGAUGAGCGAUCUCCGGAAGAUCAAGCCAAGACCUAUAAGGAUGAAGGCAAUGACUACUUUAAAGAAAAGGACUAUAAGAAAGCCGUGGUUUCCUACAGCGAGGGAUUAAAGAAGAAGUGUGUAGACCCUGAUUUGAACGCUGUCCUUUAUACCAACCGGGCGGCAGCCCAGUACUAUCUGGGCAAUUUUCGCUCUGCUCUCAAUGAUGUGCUGGCCGCCAGGAAGCUAAAGCCCAGCCACCUGAAGGCCAUAAUAAGAGGUGCCAUGUGCCAUCUUGAACUGAACCACUUUGCUGAGGCUGUGAACUGGUGUGAUGAGGGGCUACAGAUUGAUGCCAAAGAGAAGAAACUUCUAGAAGUGAGGGCGAAAGCAGACAAGCUGAAGAGAAUGAAAGAGAGGGAUCUGAGGAAAGCAAGGCUGAAAGAAAAGAAGGAACAGAGUCAGAACGAGGCUCUACUCCAGGCCAUCAAGGCUAGGAAUAUCAGGCUUGUCUCAGAAGCCCUGGGUAAGGAUGAAGAUUCAGCCUCCGAUGGUCCAACUGAGAUCUUCCUGGAUGGGCUCAGCUCUGAGAACCCUUGCGGAGCCAGGCUGAGCCUAGAUAAUCAAGGCAGACUGAGCUGGCCUGUGUUGUUCCUGUAUCCAGAGUAUGCGCAGUCUGACUUCAUCUCUGCUUUUCAUGAGGACUCCAGGUUUAUUGACCAUCUCAUGGCAAUGUUUAGUGAAGCACCCUGCUGGGACUCAGAGCAGAAAUAUCACCCAGAUAAUUUGGAGGUCUACUUCGAGGAUGAGGAAAGGGCAGAGCUAUACCAGGUGUCCCCUGGGAGCACUCUGUUGCAGGUGUUGCAGCACCCCAGGUACUCUGUGAAAGCCCUCACCCCAGCAUUUCUCAUCUGUGUAGCAUCCUCGUCUUUCCUUAAGAGUUAUCUUCAAGGGAAAAGGGUACACAGGUAAAGUGGAAGCCAGACCUGGGGUCUCCUCAGCUUCCUCUGCCUGGAGUCCAGCACUUCUCUAUCCCCAGGGACAGUGGUUCCUAGCCUCAUGCUGGGGAGAAGCUGCUGGCCUCCCUGAACCUCGGCCUGUCUGGCUGAGUGCCAGGCUCCAGCUGGGCCUCACCCUCCUCAGAUUCACAGCUCCGCCCUGGUCAGAGAGAGCAUCCUUGGAGCCCAUCUCUGAAGGAACGUCUGCUGCAGUUGCCAGACUAGCUGGCCUUGGUGACUCCCUGGCCUGUAGACUGUCUCACAGCACAUCAACCGCCUUAACCUCUGUGGCAUCAGGCACACAUGGAAGGCACUCCAAGGCAGUAACCAAUCCUGCAUAGUAUUCUAAGGCGUAGGGCUGAGACUGGUCCAGUUUUUCACCAGAAUGGAGAACUAUAAGGAUGCUGCGGAUGCCAUGAGGUUAAUGGAGCCAUGAAGCCACAUCCUGUUUCAGCGUCAGUGACUGUACAAACUGGGAUCCUCGGGAUGUCUCAGAAGUCUACCUGUUCCCCUGACCAGCAGACCAGACAGCAGUCUGAGCACUUCCCAAUUCCUCAGCUCCAGUCAUGCUCCUGCUCAGCAGAAGAAUGCUGGGUUAGCAUGCGCACCACUGUGCCUGCUAGGAUUUCAUACCUCUUGAUCUGGAAAGUCUUUGUCUGCCAUAGAUGGUUUUUGUCUUGGGCUUAUUCAUCCUAGAGACUCUGUACUCUUACCUGAUGCCAAGUGGCGUUCCUCAGUGCCCGCCCCAUCUCCCGAGGGGAGCAAGGGCUAUGAGCAGAUGUGACUCAUGCCACGUCUGACAGAAGCUGGAGGAGCCAAUGGAUAUGGAUGACAAGUAGGCUUGUGUUCUUUUCCCUCUACUCUGAGGCCCCAUUUCUCAAAUAGGAGCAUUGCCUUCAGCCUGGGUGUCUGAACAAAGCUCAGAGCAGCUGACCUAAAACCACGGAUUGUAAAGUGAAAGGCAAAUGUUUUCUGUAGUAAAUACUGAGAUCUGGGGGUGUUUGUUACCAUAGCAAAACUGACUAGUACAUCAUUAAACUGAAACCAGCUGGUA